CAGACGCGUAGCGAAUAUCAGGCUAAAAGAUAAAUUAGCAUUCGAUUUAGCGAAAAAUGAAUUUUCUCAACACCAAAAGCGCAUCCUGUUCGCACUGACUAAUAUUUCUCACAUCUUUCUAACGACUAGGUACUUCAAAUGUAUUAAAAUCGUGUUACAUAUUUGCUUUCUCCCAUUUUAUCCCUGUUAUUGUUAAAAAUUGCAAAACUCGGAUGCUGAAGUUUGCCGUCCUUUUAAACUAGUAGGUAGAAUUAAUAUUUUGACGAAAACGGAAGUGCACGUGAUUUCAACCAAAUAGAAAAGAUAACACGAUAUGAUCAAGCUACGCAUUUCGCUGCGACAAAUUUAUGCGUUCGUAGGCUAUUGCGUACUGUUAGUAUAUCUGCUGUGGCCGGGUAGAUUCGCGAGCCGGUACGAUUACAUCGAGGGAGAGGAAAUCUACGAUCAGCUGGUGCGAAAAACGACAAAGAAUGUGAGCCUGAUGCGGAACGGAAUUCGCUGUGACUACAGCGAUGUGAUCGAAGAAAACGUGUACCUUUAUCGGAGGCCUUUCACCGAAGAGAUUAUUAACAAUAACGUGAAAUUGGGUGGCGAAUGGCACCCGGAGGAUUGUCUUCCCAGCUUUAGCACUGCAAUAAUUGUCCCUUAUCGGCAGCGGGAGCGCCAGCUGAACCAGUUCCUAAUCUAUAUGCAUAAUUACCUGCGAAGGCAGAGGAUUCACUAUCGGAUUUUUGUGAUUGAGCAGUACGAUCCGAAGCCAUUCAAUCGGGCUAAAUUGUUCAACAUCGGAGCAUUGAUAGCUAUGAAGCUGGAUUAUCCUUGCUUGGUGUUGCAUGAUGUGGAUCUGAUGCCGCUGCAGUUGGGCAAUUUGUACGCUUGCUCCCGCCAGCCGCGGCACAUGUGUUCUAGUUUGGACGUUUUUAGAUACAAUUUGCCCUACAGGGGCCUUUUUGGAGGGGCGAUCUCUAUUCAGUCCCACCAGUUCAUGAAGGUCAACGGUAUGUCGAACAUGUUUAGCGGCUGGGGCGGUGAGGAUGAUGAUUUCUAUAGUCGUUUGGAAAAUAAGGAAAUCGAGAUAUGCCGCUUUAGUCCGGAAUACAGUCGAUACAUGAUGUUGAAACAUCGCAAGGAACAACCGAGCAAGGAUCGGGUUGCUUUUCUACGGAAUGGUCACUUGAGGUAUCACACCGAUGGGCUUAAUUCGUUGGUCUAUAAAGAAGUCGGCUUUAAAAUGCACAAUUUAUUCACGCACGUUUUGGUCGAGACGUAGACAGAUUUUACGCCCUAGUGCACUGAGUGGUUCAGUAACCUAGGAAGCACGUAGUUGUUACAAGAUUUACAGUCCUUAUCAUAAGGAGUUGCUGUUUCACUGUUCUGGAAAAAAAGGCAGUAGAAAUGAUGCCCACAUCUGUUUUUAAAACUACGAAUGAAUUAGCAAUGCAGUAAAACCAAAUGGAAAAUUAUAUUUUCAUUGCUCUACCGUACUUAGUGUGUAGGUAUUAGGACAAUAGUAACGAAAAUGCUUUGCAAGCAUCCAUCUUCUACUGUUUCCUACUCAUUUACAUGAUCUCAAAAACUGAGAUUUGUAGAAAAACGAAUGCACUUAUUGGUUCAAGGGAAGAAAAAGCCAUAAAAUUGAAACUUAUCAUUCUGUCAUGAAAGUAGAAUACUAAGCAACGUAAAAUAGACAGAUGGGUAGCAAUUGAGCAACAGAUUUUUUGCACAAAUUUAGCACAUCAAGUAAGGAGAUAGCAACAUUAUGAACUUUUUAAAGGUUCAUUAAAGUGAUACUUUGAAUCCAUACCUAAGAUCUUGGUCAAUUAAAGAGCCAGUUUGGGCGAGCAAACAGUUUUUACAGUGAUUUGAAAUGUGUUGGAUAAUGAUAUAAUAGUAACACAAUUUAAAGGCCUUAUUCAGCUUCAGCAUCAUUAUAUGAUUUGGUUAAUUGAACAAAAAUAGGUCCUGUUUGAAUGUUACCUUUAAAGUGUUAGCGACAGAUUUCCCUCUAAGAUCGAUCGUAGCUGACAGUGCUUUUGAGCAAAAGUGCUUUUUUGUUAGAAGGUUUAUAGUUCAAUUAGUAUUAUUUUCACAAUUAGCAGAUAGAGAUCGAUACUUUAAAACUAGUCUGUAAGUAGGAUUUUUCAAUUUGCAAAUAAACCAAAAAUAAACAAUAUAUCAAAAACGGUAGGCUUCUAGGUCGGUGAAGUUAAUCAUGUUCCACUUGAUCAUAAUAUUACACAAUAUUAAUGCAUAUAAGAAAAAAAAGAAUAAAAAACAAAUUUUGCUGAAUCAGUCGUAAAGUUAGACCUGAGCAGGACACCUUGUAUCUUAAUUUUUGGUUUAUGGUUUAGCAAUUUAUACGCAUAUCCUAUAGUUUUAUUACUUUUCUCGUGUAUUUUGCUGUUAAAAACCAAUGUUAGUUUCAUGAAACUACUACCAUAGUUUGCAAGGUAUUUCACAAACUAAGAGGUAUCUAGUCUUUUUAUUGUAUGGAAAGUAAAAAAAAUAAAUUUUUGUUUUACUAAUCUAAUCUCCCAGUUGUUUUCAAGUUACGAUGCUGGUCUAACAAGCCGGCUAUUGUAGGUUCUAAUAUCGACUGGAAGAGACCAAUAGUCAAGUCAGGAUCGCAGCACUGGCCCAGCAACUCUGUCGAAUAAACGAAGGUUAUUUUCAAUGAUUCAACUGCCAAUCGGUUGAUGGAAGCGAAAAAAACCGAAGCUGAAUUUAAAAAGUUAAGAAAAAUUUUGACGCUAGGAAACUGUACAUGAUGCAAGAAUGACCUACAAUGAUGUUAGAACAAACACAUUUUGUCCGAGCCUGAAAUUCAAUAAAG